AUUAAGUGCCAUUGUUUUUUUUUUUUCAUUGUUCUUGGCCGCCAUUAUCCCGGAAAAUGUCAAGCAGAGAAAACCCUAGCGGAAUCUGCAAGAACAUUCCCAAUCUCAUCUCUUCUUUCGUCGACACUUUCGUUGAUUACUCCGUCUCCGGCAUCUUCUUGCCUCAAGAUCCUAGCCCACAGAAUGAGAUUCUGCAAACGAGGUUCGACAAACCGGAGCGACUCGUUGCAAUCGGCGAUCUCCAUGGCGAUCUCGACAAGUCUAGAGAAGCAUUCAAUAUCGCUGGACUGAUUGAUUCGUCGGACCGAUGGUCUAGUGGAUCCACGAUGGUUGUUCAGGUGGGAGACGUACUGGAUAAAGGAGGAGAGGAGUUAAAGAUUCUUUAUUUCUUAGAGAAAUUGAAACGAGAGGCUGAGAGAGCGGGAGGUAAGGUUCUGACUAUGAAUGGCAACCAUGAGAUCAUGAAUAUAGAAGGUGACUUUAGACAUGUGACCAAGAAGGGUUUAGAGGAAUUUCAGGUUUGGGCUGAUUGGUAUUGUUUAGGGAACAAGAUGAAGACUUUAUGCAGUGGUCUUGAUAAACCUAAGGAUCCUUAUGAAGGGAUUCCGAUGAGCUUCCCUCGUGUGAGAGCUGACUGUUUUGACGGAAUUAGAGCUAGGAUUGCUGCAUUGAGACCUGAAGGUCCGAUUGCAAAGAGAUUCUUGACUAAGAAUCAAACAGUCGCUGUUGUUGGUGAUUCGGUGUUUGUUCAUGGGGGACUUUUAGCGGAGCACAUAGAGUAUGGCCUGGAGAGGAUAAACGAGGAGGUUAGGGGUUGGAUUAACGGGUUGAAAGGAGGACGAUAUGCGCCUGUGUAUUGUAGAGGAGGAAACUCUCUAGUUUGGUUGAGGAAAUUCUCGGAAGAGAUGGCUCACAAAUGUGAUUGUGCAGCUCUUGAGCAUGCUCUUUCCACUAUUCCCGGGGUUAAGAGGAUGAUCAUGGGACACACAAUCCAGGAUGCUGGUAUCAACGGUGUUUGUAAUGAUAAAGCCAUUAGGAUUGAUGUGGGCAUGUCCAAGGGAUGUUCCGACGGAUUGCCUGAGGUUUUGGAAAUCCGCAGGGACUCUGGUGUGCGGAUAUUGACAUCGAAUCCAUUGUAUAAGGAGAAUCCGUAUUCUCAUUUAGCUCCUGAUAGUAAAACGGGUCUCGGGUUGCUGACUAACAAAAGAGCCAUGGAUCCUCCAAGCCAAGCCAAUGGAGAGAGUGCCACGAUCCCGGACGAAAACGAAGAAGAAGCUUAUUUGCUCUUAGAUAAAGUGAUUCCAGCAGUCCAUCUGAAGGAAUCAGCAGGUGAUAGAUCUUGUUGCAUCUAUAGAAUCCCUCACACUCUCGAGCGAGUCAACGACAAAGUUUAUGCACCCAAGAUCGUUUCAAUAGGUCCUUAUCACCAUUCGAGUGAUAAACAACAUCUCAAGAUGAUAGAGGAGCAUAAAAAACGUUAUUUGGAGAUUUUCGUGUCAAAGACUAAGGACAAUGGUGUGAAUCUUUGUCACUUAGUCGAUGUAGUCUCGGGAUUGGAACAGAAGAUAAGAGACUCCUACUCUGAAAAUCUUGAAUUUAGUCGACAAAAGCUGAUCAAGGUGAUGAUUCUUGAUGGUUGUUUCAUUCUUAUGUUGUUCCUUGUGGUUUCACAAAAGAUUGAAUACACAAAUUUCAAAGACCCAAUUUUCAAGCUGCGAUGGAUAUUGCCAACACUUCGAAGCGACCUUCUUCUUCUCGAAAACCAGGUUCCUCUCUUUCUUCUUGAAGCUCUUUUGGAGACAUCAAAGUUAGCUCCAUCCACUAGCUUAAACAUGUUGGCCUUCAAAUUCUUCGACUACUCUAUAAAAAAACCAGAAGGGCUCUGGAAGAAGCACAACAAUCUUCGAGCAAAACAUCUUCUUGAUCUCAUUCGUAAGACUUUCAAACCUGUCCCGCAUCCACCAACCAUUCCAAGGCAAUGUUGUAUCAAUAUUUUCAGUGGUCAUAGGGAAAAUUCAAGAACAGAGACAUCUAAAAAUACUUGUCUCGGUAAGAUAAGUUGCUCAAAGGAGAUAACUGGAGCGCAAACAUCAUCGCCUCCUCCUCCUCCUCCUCGUCCUUUUCUUGGGCUAAUUGUGUCAGCCAGAAAACUUCGACUUCGGGGAAUAAAAUUCAAGCGGAAGGAGAAUGUAGAGACACCGUUAGACAUCAGUUUCAAGAGCGGUUUUCUUGAAGUACCACUACUUGUCUUUGAUGACUUUAUCAGUAAUCUUUUGAUCAACUGUGUUGCCUUUGAGCAGUUUAAUAUGAGUUGCUCCACCGAGAUUACUAGCUAUGUAACUUUCAUGGGUUGCUUGAUAAACACAGAAGAGGAUGCGACCUUCUUAAUCGAGAAAGGGAUUUUAGAGAACUAUUUCGGAACGGGUGAACAAGUUUCUUUAUUCUUCAAGAACAUUGGGAAAGACAUCUCAUUCAGCAUAUCCAAGAGUUUCUUGUCAAAUGUGUUCGAGGGAGUGAAUGAGUACACUUCACAAGGAUACCACGUACAAUGGGCAGGGUUCAAGUACACACAUUUCAACACUCCAUGGACAUUUUUAUCAUCUUGUGCCGCUUUGAUGCUUCUUCUCCUUACCAUUUUCCAAGCCUUCUUUGCAGCUUAUGCUUACUUUCGUCCUCCCAAAAACAAAGAUAAUGGUUUGAAGCUUCUGAGAGAAUCAGCUGGUUCAGAAUCAUGUUGCAUCGUGAGAAUCCCACAGAGCCUUGCGCGAAUCAACCUCAAAGCUUACGAACCCAAGAUUGUCUCUAUUGGUCCUUACCAUCACGGCAAAGAACAUCUCAAAAUGACUCAGCAGCACAAACGCCGCUUCUUGAAGUUUUUCGUGGCUAAAAUGGAAGAAAAGGGUAUUGAUCCUCAAGAAUUGGUCAAAGCUGUAUCAAGUUUGGAAGGAGUUAUAAGAGGUUCUUACUCCGAGGAUCUUGGUUUAGAUUCUGAAAAAUUGGUUGAGAUGAUGGUUCUUGAUGGUUGCUUUAUCCUCACGUUGUUCUUUGUUGUUUCCGGGAAAGUUGUUUACACUAAUCUUGAUGAUCCUAUUUUCAGAAUGCCAUGGAUUUUACCGUCGAUUCGAGCGGAUCUUCUCCUUUUGGAAAACCAGGUUCCUUAUGUUCUUCUUCAAACUUUAUUCGAAACAUCGAAGUUAGUUACUUGUAGUGGUUUAAACGACAUCGCCUUUGAAUUCUUUGACUACUCAUUACAAAGACCGGAGACGUUUUGGGCAAAACAUUAUGGUCUUGAAGCAAAACAUCUUCUUGAUUUGAUACGUAAAACUUUUGUUCCCAUUCCGUCUCAAAGAAGCAUCAAAGAUCAUAACUAUCUCACAAUCCUCUGUUGUUCCGAGGAGAAACGACGAAAAUCUAGCAGUAAAUCGUCAUUCAAUGAUCAUGAAUUUCUUGGAUUUGUUCUAUCUGCCAAGAAGCUUCAUCUUCGGGGAAUCAAAUUCAAACCGAGGAAGAACACAGACUCAAUCUUAGACAUAAGGUAUAGUGACGGUGUGCUUCAUAUUCCUACAGUAGUCAUGGAUGAUUUUACCGCCUCGGUCUUCUUAAACUGUGUUGCAUUUGAGCAAUUAUAUGCUGAUUCAUCGAACCACAUAACAAGCUACGUAGCUUUCAUGGCUUGUCUUAUAAACGAAGAGAGCGAUGCAGCGUUCCUUACCGAAAGAAGGAUCCUAGAAAACUAUUUUGGAACAGAGGAUGAAGUGUCCCGGUUUUAUAAACGCAUUGGUAAAGACAUUGCUCUCGACUUAGAGAAGAGUUACUUAGCAAAGGUGUUUGAAGGUGUUAACGAGUAUACUUCUAAAGGAUUCCAUGUUCACUGCGCAGAGUUUAUUCAUACGCAUUUCGAUAGUCCAUGGACAUUUGCGUCGUCAUUUGCGGCGUUGUUGCUUCUUAUGUUUGCCGCUUUGCAAGUCUUCUUUGCAGCUUAUAGUUAUUUCCGUCCUCCGAAAGGAAAGUGAAAAUGCUUUGUACACAUAAACUCAUUGAAUGAUUCUAUAAGUUAGUAAAUUAAGUGUUUUGAU